AGAUAUGUGCCGCGUUCCAUUUAUAGCCCCAAGAACCUUUCUUUUCCCUUUCGUUCCCCCAUCAGUCACAACUGUCACAUGGGCUGGGCUUGUUCAGGACGACAGCCAAAACACACACACACACCCACACACACGCACGCACACGCAUUUGAACAGACAAGAGGAGGAGAAGGCGGAUCUGUGAGUAGAAACCAGGACUUCCUCGGACUAAAACGCAGUAAGUGUUUUACGUUAUUUCUUAUUUAAUGCAUUUUAUUCCCAGUAAUGCAGACUAUCCUUCAGUGCUGUUACACUUUUAAAGUGAGGGUUAAAUAUCCCGAGAGUAAAAACAAUUUUUUGUCAUGUAACAGAGCCAACUUGGAAGUGGCUGCAGUUUUUUACAGCCUGUGGUUGUGUGUCAUUACAGUAAUAGCACUCUGCUGCUGUGUCAGUACCUGCUGUUGUAAUUGACUCAAAUAAGGUUGUAAUGAUGAGUUUCGGUGCGCUCUGCUGUGUGCACAAGCUGCGAUAAUCAGACGAUCAGACAUAAGGAAAUCCACCGCUUUUACCUUCAUUUCUGCCCAUGUCCUCAUGUUACUCCCGUCAGAGAGAGGGCUGCGACACUUCCUGCCAAACGUCAUGAUUAGUUUCUAUUUCUGCAGCCUGACUAGACUGAUAGAAAACACGAUAAAAGCAGCAGAUCCAGUUUGCGUUUCCUGUACUCGAGCUGUUUUAUUUUGAAGGGGCUGUGUAUUUCACACCGUCUUGAUGAAAUGCUCAUGCGUUUAGGGCUUUAUUUUCUUUAUGUGAGGAACCCAAUGCCCAGUCAAAGCCAUCCGAUCUCACUCUCUCUUUUACUUUUUGGUUAACUAAUAUUAUGCAUAGGCUAUGUAAAUCUCUCUGGUUACAAUUUUGCAGAGGAAGCCUAGAUUCACACCUUUUACUCUGUUUGAAUUUCUUCCCUAAAAGUGAAGUCUUGAACUGCCAUGUCACCUGUAAAGUGAUCUGAGAGCACUAAGCUGAAAAAGGCUCAAAAUAGUAUAAUAAGGAAUGGGACAGCACUUUGUGACUUUCUUCAUAAACCUGACAGCAUGACCCCAUGUUCCACACCUUGGUACCAUUAGAAGUCUUUAUUUUCAGUUUCUUACCCCUUUUCACUGUCUUUGUUGUCCUGGAACUAUAAAGCAAAACAUUGCAAAAUAAAUAAAAUUAGGAGAAAAAGAGAAUCAGGAUUUAUUUGAUAUUAAAAGUCCAUUUCCAUUAAUGAGUGGAUGAAUUUUUCAACCACAAUGUGGAAAAUUGUCUUUGGCUUUACAGUAGAAUCACAAAAUUACCCAACCAUAGACUGAAUACAACUUGGUUCCGCCUUAAAAAAAAGCUCUCGGUAAUUCCGCAUUUUCUCUCCAUUUCCUGAAACCAACAUCGCGCAGUACCGUUGUACGCACUCCACCACUUGCGCAGUAGCAUUGUGUGCAUUUGGCGGGAGUCGCCGAGAGUCACUGUGAUGACGCUCGUCUCAAACAGCAUAUUCCAGGGUCUAUCAUAGAAAACAUGAACCCCCUAAUAGCUUUUAAAAAUGGAGCUUCACAGAAAAAAAGAGGACUUGAGCACAAACCAGUCUUACAAUAAUUACAUGUCAACAUCCCAAUCAGGGGUGGGGGGAAUGUAUGUAUGUGAAAUAAAUAUCUAAACUUUGUCCACAGCCCCAUAAGCUUUGCUGGCAGAGGCGUGAUUUAUGACCUAUUCUGCAGCCCGUCACCAGAGGAUGCUGUUCAAGGAGUGGCUUCACACAGUGAGGAGAUAGACGCUGUCCAUAAUAUAUACAGUCUAUGGACCCAACUCAGAAACAGAGAUAGACAUAGGCUUUCUUUUCCAGCAUUAACCUUUUAUGGUGGUACACACCGGGCUUCUGAUUCAAAGGAUGUCCAAAAGGCUCAUAUAGUCUGCCAGAGAUCCACCAUGCACUUGAUGAUCUGACAGUGUGACAGCGCUGUAAGACUUGGCUGAAUUGUACCUUAAAGUCAGCGGGGGUAUGAGUGUGGACAUCAAGACUUGGCCUGUUUUUCUAUGAUAACAACUUACAGUAAAAUCCAAAAUACAAGUCACAACAGUAUGUAAGAUGAAGUCUGUUUUAGGGGGACUGCAAGAGGGAACAUGGUUCAAACUGUGUUCCUACAUGAAGAAGCCCUAGAGAUUCAGAAAUGUACAGUUUCUGUGCAGAUGUGUAGCUCUUUCUUGUGCCACAUGAUUUUAUCACCCUGCCAGCCUCCUGCCAUCUUCAAACAAUCAAGUAUACACUAACAAGAAAACCAACAAGAUAUUAAACCAAUACAAAAUAACUUCAAGAGGGAGGGUGUGAUUGUUAGUACGAAGCUUUAUUUACAAAUGAAAUUAAGUUGAAGGCCUUGAGCGCUCUGCUGUGAAACUCUUCAAAAAAUGAAAACUAACUGCCUUAGUGUUUCCUACAAAUAUCUAUGUUAACAUUCUUGACAUCUAUUGGACAAUAUAUUACAAUUUGAUGUGACUCAACUUUAAUUUAUUUGACAAAGUUUGUUUGAGAGGAGAAAAAAACCAACAACAGCAGCAAAGUGUGAACAUUAAACCAGAAAUUACAGUAAGUUAGAACAAUAUUUGAUAACAUUUAAUAAGACUUUUAUGGCCAACUAUGAAGAGAUUUUAUAACAGAUUUGUUUUGCAGUCCAGGACAAGUCCCAGAUGACGAAAAAUCGGAAAGCUUAUAGUCAUAAUUCUGUUUGGUCAAUGGGAACAACAACAAAUUACACAAUGUCCAGGAAAUGAAGGUUACAUCUUUCAUUACUUAAGAUUAGGGGUGAGGAAAAGUAGGUGGGACAUGUGCCCAGAAUAGCUUUGUGAAUAAGAAAGGAACCAAUCUCUGUGCUGACACGCUUUUAAACUGGGUCAAUUUGCUUUUAAAUAAAAGGUGCAAAGGUGACAGACCUGAAAAUGAAAGAGUAUACUCCAAAUAGGGCCCACUUUUGUCAAAAAGAAUUCAUUUUUUGCAUAAAACAGUUAAAUUUGGUGAGAUGGCUCUGUUCUGAGAGUUCACUAAUCCCUACCCUUUCACAUGCAUAUGUAAAAUACUAAAGCCUGAGACAGGGAGAGCACACCUCCCCGAUGGAAAGCCAAGGCAGAGAGAGCAGCAACAAAGACUGCUGGGACCACAACAGAGCACUAGUGAUAAUACGUCUGACACAGGCAGAAUCAGACAGCAUAAAAAAAGAGGGUCUGGGGUGCUGGCUAUAUCAUUUUGAAUAAAACAUCCACUUUGACAUUUGCCAAUUUGAUGCAUAGAAGGUAACCAGCUGAGCUGUCAGCUAAGACCAGCUGGCUUUAGGAUCAGCAAAUGUACUGUGAGCUGAGCCUGAUUUUUGUUAACAAUCACUACACUUAAAUAAUAGUGAAAACUUUUACAGGAAAAAUUCACAGUGAGAAACAAGAUUGAGUGUAACAGAGUGAGAUUUUUGGAAGCAUGUCUGUGGGUGAAAAGAAUGGGCAAAGCGAUGCUCUGCUUCACUUGCAAGAUUGAGGAAGUGAAAAUUAUACCUCCUUGUUACAUCUAAAUUUUUGCUGAGUAACCGAUUACUCAGCCUGGUCUUGCACUAUCAUCGUCUUCCCUCUCUCUCUCUCUCUCUGUUUCCUGGUUAACUCUCCUGGAGCGUCAGCUGGGCUGAAAUCUGUUUCUCUUCCUCAGAUCAUGGAGGACUCUUCUCCACGUUCAGGUCGCUCCACGUUUGUGUGGCUGGUGGGAGCAUCACAGCUCGUGGGUUUAGCGUCUGUGGUGCUGACGGGUGUGUGGAUGGGUCACUACAGGGGGGGAUUCGCCUGGGACGGCUCACCACAGGAGUUCAACCUGCACCCUCUGUGCAUGGUGCUGGGGCUGGUUUUUCUGCAGGGCGAUGGUGAGUACACUGAGCACUGGAUUAAUCCUUAUUUACAAAGAGAAUAAACUCAGGUUUGCAAGGGUUGAAUUGAAAAAUAAGUAUCAUCAUGGCAUGAUACCUGGACCUUUUGAAUUUCAUAGUCCACACUAAAUAAAAAUUUGACCUUACAUUAAUAUAUUUUCACAUAAAGUUGAUGUAAUUGUUUUGCUUCAGAGUGUAGAGGGUUUGAGUUGUAACACCACUGGGAUCAUGCAAUUGCUGAUUAAACUGAUGCUUUUCCAUUAAGCUUGUAAAUCUGUGAAAUCCUGCAUGCAAUGUAUACAAAGAGAGGGACAUCUGCUUCCGAAUCAAUGCAAGUGUAUUUAUGGUGCAAAAAGGUGGCUAUUACAGAUAUUUAUUUUUCAAAAAUGCAACCAAAGGGUUUUAUUUAAGGCAAAGGGAACGUCAAUUGCUACUGCUUUGUCAAUAUCAACCAAGCAUCUGUAAGUCUGACGCAGCUCAGCAGUUAAUGCCAUUUUGAUAAGCACAUAAGCACAAUACAUGCCAAAUGACAAAGGGUUCAUCCAUUUGUCUUCUGGUUUGUCGUCAUGGCUACAGUAAGUGGUUUUGUGGUAAAUCUUUCUAAAUUGAGUCAAACUGUAGGCUGAAGUCGGCAGAACAUGCUGGGUGUGUGUCAGUCAGCCUGAUGGUGUGUGUUUCUGGAUCUGGAUGCACGUUUAAGCCUCAGGCUCUGCCUUCCUGACCUGUUGCAUUAAGCUAACACUGUGCAGAUACCCAUCAAUCCCCAUCCUCCACCAAGAAAGACUGGCUUUAACGAAGAGACAGGGGGAGGAAUGGUUUGAACCUUCAAACAUGUACAAUUUUAAGCUUCUUCCAGUGAUCCUGUAACCAGAAUUCUGAGCAGUUUUUGACCAAUUAAGGUACAAAACUAGGUCCUCUGUUUUUUGAAGCUGUGGUGUGAAGCGAUUGUGAUAAAUUAUCAAUUCUAUGAUCCUCUAUGGUUAAAAAAUCACAGCUUGACAACAAGAAAGUCUCUGGAGACCAUUUGUCAUUGUAAAGAAACUAGUUAGUUUUUCAUCUGCUAUCAUGAUAAAAAUCAUGUUUGAAGCUCAACUGAGGUUUCUUUUUUACAUACAUGAAAUACGAGGAAAUUCAUAUCGAUGCCUUUUCAUGGCAUCCAAAGCAAACAAGACCAUUACAAGACUGAUGAUGUAUAUAGCCUUAUUUUUGAUGCCUGUAACUGGUGUGAGGGGCUGAGUGUGAGCUGCUAAAGAAACAGCCCUGAUUUUACAAUUAUCACAUUAAAAAUAUUUGUAGUUUUAAUACAUUUGACUUUCAAAAGUCAGCAGAUUGAGAUUCUUUGUCAAAGUAACACUAUUAUUAUUACAGAAUUUCCCUUGAAGGAUCAAUAAAGUUCUUAUCUAUUUAAUCAAGCAGAGGACAAUGUAGACAAAGACUGCUUUGUCAAAGAAAACAAGGAAAACUUCAAAGUUCCUUUUUUAAGGUCUAGAAAUAUGGCAUGUAGAGUUCCAAAGACCUUCAUAAAAUGAAUCAAAUAAUCGCUGAUGUAUAAAGCAGAUUUGCUGAGAGUAAAGGAAAUCUUUGUGCAGUUUUGCAAAGCUACUUUCUCCUAAAACUGACUUAUGCUUUAAUGGGGCAAAAAGCUGCAGCUGCAAAACAUUGCAUAUGGCAUCUAGGCUCUGACAUCUUCAUUAUUUGCAGCUUCAUGGAGGAGACAGGGCUGUAUCUUAAUCUCUAAAGCCUGCAGGUGGAUUAUGGCGAGGUUGUUGGGCUGGAGAAUAAAUGCAGUGUUGUUGCAGGUGAUUGGGGGCAGUGACAGAGCGCCCAGAAAUCUUACUGAUUGUGUCAUGAAUGACACGUGUUGAGUGUGAAACCAAGGUGCCUAAGCUUACUUUAAGGCAUUGCUCUAUUCCCACCCAUACUUAAGCUGGUAAGUGUUCAGUGUUGACAGAGCAAUCAAAGCUUAGUAACUGUCAUGUCCCGUAUAAUUUGCUCUUGUUGUCAUAACUCACCACAAUAGACGUAGGAUGAACUUAAUGACCUGUUCGGUGACUGAUCUUACAAGUGUGGUAACUGACAACUGGCAACAAACUCUAGGACUAAAAUAAUUUCAGACUGAUGAAAUGAUGCAGUUUUGCAAAUGUUUUUCAGUCAGUAAAAGCUCAUAUUUGUUAAAAAUAAAAGUGAAAAGUGAAACACCAAAGCUGCCCCUAGCUAGGCUGUGUUUCAUGAGUAUAAUUGUUUUUUUUAGCUCCCUGAAUUUGUCCUAUCUAAAUCCCCCCCUCUCCAUUAAUACUGUCUGCCCACACAGCAGCCAUUCAGGGUCACAUCUGCUGUCCUACAAAUAAAGACAAAGUGAGAUCUUGCCGUUAUCCCCCCUCUGUUUCGCGCCUGCAGCCCUCUUUAUUCUAGCUAAUGAGAGUAAGCAGAUUAGCUCAACUGGUUCCCAGCGCUGUGUUUCAGAGCUAGAUUGAAUUAUGGCAAUAAAAGCAAAAGGGCAGCUGGACAUUUAAUUGGAUCUGACAAACACCUCAGAGCUGAUUCACUGUGAUUAAGUCUGCUUUUGUUGCCGUAAGCCCAGCACAUGCUGUUAUGGACGCAUUUUACAGCAAAUCUGAUAAUCAAUCAGUUCUAGCUUAGAGUAUUAAAAUUUACACCUGAUGCUGGCACAGAACCAAAUUUGAGAGCUUAUCAUUCAGCUUUGAUGUGACCAGAAAAAAAAUACAGAGUUUCUGGUCAUAAUGUGAACUUGUGAAAAGUGUUUUGUUGACCUGGCAGGAAUAUAUUUCCACGGGAUCUGAAGGAUUUUAACAAAACAUAAUCCAGAGCUUGUGUAGAGCUCAAGAUUUUGCCUCAAUAAAGGAAAAACAUCAACAAGCUUAGUUUCUGCACAAUUUGAUGUUUAUGUUUUGUAGACCUUUGUACAACAUUUAUUUCUGAACUUUAAAAAUGUAAAAAUUAAAGGUGGUCACAUUACAUAAUGUCAGAUUCAAGUAUAACAGUUGCUCUUGACUCUUUAUUCCCCUUCUCUCUCUCUCUCUCUCUCUACAGCCAUCCUGGUUUACAGGAUAUUUCGUAGUGAGUCGAAGAGGAACGUAAAGAUGCUUCACGGUAUCAUUCACUUCCUGGCUCUAGUUAUCAGCAUCGUAGGUGAGAAAGAGUGAAAAAAUGUGAAUACAUCAGUCUGAGUGUUAAAUUUUACACCUAACCUGAUUCUUUGUGUAUUUUUGUGCACGUGUCUUCAGGUUUUGUAGCUGUAUUUGACUUCCACAGAGCAGCAAAAAUCCCCGACAUGUAUUCUCUACACAGCUGGUGUGGCAUGGCGACAAUGAUCUUAUUCUGCGUGCAGGUACACAAUCAGACACACUAGAUCUACACUUUUACUGCUCAGAUGCAAAGUGCAUUAAAGCACUAACAGCAAUUCUUGUCCCCUCAUUUUAUCUAGUGGGUGAUGGGCUUGGUGUUCUUCCUGUUUCCUGUGGCGUCGUCAUGGAUACGAGCCUUGUACCUCCCCAUCCAUGUGUUCUGUGGUCUGGUUCUGCUGGUCAUGGCUGUAGGGACCAGCCUGCUGGGCAUCACAGAGAAACUGCUCUUUUCCAUCAUGUACGCCCAUCUAAGUGUUCAUCUAUAUCUGUCUAUGGAUUUGUUACAUAAGUUUAAAAUCACAGAUAUGUUGGAAAAGAUGAAAUGUUAAAUAACAAUUGGUUAAUCUUGCCUACCCUGGACAUGCUGUCAGAUGAAGAUUGCCACCACAGGAACAUAUGUAAAGGCUCAUGCAUCCAAUUGAAGGAACCAUAUGACAAUAGCAGAGGAACGACUUGUCCAAUUUAGCUUGAUUAAUGUUAAGUUACCGAAAGAAGCUAAAUUAAGAUCAUUUACUGUCAUCUUGUCUUUAAUGCUGCGUUCAAGUUACCUCAGAAGUCAGAUUCCCAAGCUGGGAAAGACGUCACAUCCGAGUUACCAGCGUUUCAGUUACCAAGUUGGAAAAAAAGCAAAAUCAGAGGCAGAAACAAGAUGGCUACAUCUAAGAAAAGUGAUGCUAAAAUAACUUAAAAUAACUAAAAUAACAAGCGCUAAAAUAACUUUCGUAGAUGUAGCCAUGUUGUUUGCACCUCCAAUUUUGCUUUUUCCCAACUUGGUAACUGAAACACUGGUAACUUGGGUGUGACGUCAUUCCCAGCUCAUACAUUUGACUUCCGGGGUAACUUGAACGCAGCAUUAUUUCUACGUGUGGCAUUUGACAUGAAAGAAAUAAUGAAAUUUUAGCUUUUCCUGACUGAUCUUUCUUGCAGUGGUUUUUCUCAUACUGUACCUGAUUUAUAUCUCUCCGUGCCCAGGCCGACCUACUCUAAGUUUGUCCCAGAGGGGGUCCUCGCUAACACCUUGGGGAUCCUACUCGUUGUUUUCGGAGUGCUGUUGGGCUACCUGAUCACCAGGGAGGAGUACAGACGUCCACCAAACCCAGAGGAAGAAGCUCUAUCGGUCCACUUCAAGACCUUGACUGAGGGGGGGUCACCCAGCACACCAUGACCAUCCCAAAAACAUCUGCCAGCUCUAGCUCGUAUUUAAACAAGCCGUGUCUUAUUAUUAGAUUACCUGUGCUAAUGGUCUCCUCUUAAACCCACUAAAACGUUUUGGGUCAGGAGAGGACUCAGUAGAAGAGGAGUUAUCAAAAUUAAGGACCCAUGUUAAGUUCGAUUUUUUUAAAAGAUAAUUGUCACCAACACUAUGCCACUACUGGCUAAAAGUUUACAGUGUAACCCUUUCAACAAAAUAUAUAAAUGAGGUCUUAGUGUCUGUUGCCAACCUGUUAAUCGUGGAGGAACUACAUCUGCCUCCCUCAAUUAUUUUGGCCUUUCACUGCAGUUUUUUUCACUAUCCUUUUUGAUCGGGUAUUUCUGAACACGCAGAGGCAGCUCAAAUGCUGAUAUAAUGUUGCACGACUGUUAUCAAGUUUACAGGUGGUCAAAUGUAGAUAUUCCAUCAACACUUCCUGAGUGAUCAACUGGAUGAAAAAAACAAAACAAUUGUCAAAAUACAGGUACAUUUUUGCACGAGUACAAGACAAGCUAUUAGUUAGCAUCUAAGAUCUAAGAUGUUAGCAUUUAAACGCUUGCAAAUACUAAUUUCUUAUCAAAUAUCGUUAACCAGAAAUUACACUAUGAUUCGUUCAUGAUACAUGAAACUAGAAGAAUUCCAAAAGCUAGCAUCAUCAACACCUAGAAUUUAAGCUAAUAUUGUUGUUAGCUAAGAAAAGUUUGUGUGCCGUCAUCAGCUGUUUUCUUAUUUUGGAAAUAGCCAAAUGUCAAAUAUUUCACUUUGAAUUUACCCAGAUGUACCUGUUCCAUCGUUUUAGCAAAUAUUGGGCUUUAAACCUAAAUUUGGCCAAAUUUUUACCCUUUCACUUUCCUGUUUUAGUAAUAAGAGGUAGCUGGAGGUAGCCUGAUUCAACAAAAGAGCCAUGACUAGCUUCCAGUAACAUACACCGUCACUUGUUUGUAUGCUAACUUUAGCUGUUUUCUAAUUAUACAAAAUGUUAGAUAUUUGGAUUUCAGAUUGGCCUCACUCUUCUCUGUGUUUUUGCUUUUCAAUUUGCCUUUUUAAGUGUAUCUGAUUAGAUUAAAAAAAGCCAUAAGUUAACGUUGCUCAUGGUUAGCUGAAGGUAAUUGUAGCAAUGGUAGCUGUAUGCUAGCAUUUGCUAUACUGUGAUUUUAACAGAUGUGUAUCAAAUAUAACAUUCUAGUGUAAACAUUAACUUGUUGUUGCUCCAGACGUUAUCAUGUUAUGAAAAAUCCACUACAUCUGUUAACAUUAGCAUCACUACUCAAUAUCAGCAUUUGAGCUUCCAAACCUGAUCAUGAUGGCUUCACUGUAAGUGGAUACUGACCCAUUUAUUUAAUCAGAAUCGCAUAUUUUCUGCUGCUAUGUAUAUAGGUACUAUUGCUAUUUAUGUUGAGCACCUUUAACGUUAUGCUGUUGUGUUUUAUUUUAAAUGCGCGAAAGUUGGAUGUAGAUGCUAGGUUUGAGUAUCUGUUAAUGUAAGGUGGUAUCCUUCAACACAUUAUAUCACUGCAUCUUGUUUGGAGCCAACCCAGACAAGAUUGUAAUUUUUCACACUAAAGCUCGAUCAUUGAGUAAAACUCUAAAUCCUGAGAUAUAUCCAAAUUGACACUUUUGAAGCAGAAAAACGUGGUAGGUUUUGAAAAACAGGACCUUUCACUGUUUCACAAAAAGCUAAACUGUAUUUGAAACUGUGUCAUGGAUUCAUCUGAGGAAAAUUAAUCAUUCUUAAAUGAACCUGCUUAAUGGUCUAAGUCAUUAAGAGACUCCUCCAAGAACUUUUAGCUUUGCUGAAAUAAUUUACAGCGUACAACAUGUUAAAUUUUAAAAUACUACCUAUAAUUGCACUCUAAAAAACAGUCUGCCUUUAUGUCCGGGUUACCGCAGUCUACCUUAAAAACUGAGUGACCUUCAGUUUUUCACUCUGUCGUGCUUUUUUAAAUGUAUCUCAUUCGUCCAGUUAAGUAAUAAUUUAUAUUUAAAUGAUCUGUUAUGAAGGAAAAUGUUCACAUCGUUCUGCUGUAUUUCAAGAGUUUUAUUGAUCGUUGCAUUUUUAAGUGAAGCUAUUCAUGUUCUUGAAUGUGUCAAACCAAAUAGAAACAUGUAGACACUGUUUAUUUGCUGGACUAUUUCCUGGAGUCAGUGCUGUUGCCAAAUACAAAGCUUUUACUGGAAAAUGUCAUCACUGGCUGUUUGUUUUUGUCAGAUUUGUCUUUGUCUUUAUCUUUGUAAAACUUGAAAUAAACAACACUGUGGCAAAUGCUUUCA